CAGCGCGAGUGUUUUAGUACCGAGCGGAGAGGAGAUGCACACGGCACUCGAGUGAGCACGUGCUCGAAAGUGAAAUGGUGAUUGGUCAGUGACGAACUUCUGAAGAGAGAGUGAUUGGUCAGAGUCACCAUCUUGUGUGUGUGGAACGUUAAGGACCCUGUAUGCCAGCUUGAUAAUCUCAGCGGUAACUAUUUAUUUACACCAGGGUUUUCCAAGCAAGGAGACAAUGAGAGUUCACACACAUACCAGAUUCUGCUUUCUAUGCAUGCUGACCCUCCUAUUCCAUCAGUGCAGUCACUGUCAUGAAGGAGGGGACCACCAUCACCACAGGCACAGCCAUGGUGACCAUGAACAUGUUAACAGUGACCUGCAGAUUUCAGAGUCGUCCUGUGAAGGUUUGUCAGACCGGUUGGUGCACGGCAACCUUGGCGAGCCUGCAGAGGAGCAAAAUUACUACAUUCAGCAGUUGUUCUGUAGGUAUGGCAAGAAGGACCGUCUGGAUUUUAAAGGCUUUGAGAGUCUGCUGCUGAGUUUAGGGCUUGGCGAGGUGAAGGUUGUGGGACUGGAGCAUGAAGAUCUGGGACACGAUCAUGUGGCCCACUUAGAUAUUUUGGAAGUUCAGGAAGGCCUGCACUCUCAUUCCGCCAGUCAUCUUCAUCCUCAUCUUAAGCCCCAUAACACUCACCGACACUCCCACCAUGAGGAAGAAGAAAACACCCCUGCUGGGGAGCUACCCUGUAUUACCAGACGUGGCACUGGAGAUGGGAGCACCACUGACAGUGGAUCAGAAAACCAACAGCAUGAUCAUGAGAAAGAUGGUGAUCAUGAACACGGACACAUCCACAAACAUGACAUAGACAGUCCUCAGACUCAAGAUCAUGACCAUGACCAUGGUCAUGAUCACACACACUCACACACACACAGUCACGAACAGAACAGUAAUGUGACAAAGCAACUGAACCAUGACCAUCAUUACCAAAAGAUUAGUGAACAUACACAUGAAAAUAAUGACCUUAGUGAAGACCAUACGCAUGACCAAAACCACAGUGAACAUGGGGACAACACCCACCAUCAUCAUGAUCACCAUCAUCACAAGCACCCCCAUCCUCAUCUCCAGCACAGUCCAGACAAUGUGGACCACACCACGGUAACACCACAGCUAACACCCAGACCGAAAGUUGCAGCUCAUAAAUUCCAGCUUUCCACACCAACUGAUCUACCCACCACACAACCCAGAGGAAACAGGAGAACAUCGAAAGGCAGAAGCCAGCGGAACCGAAGCAAGACCACCAACACGGUUACUCAAACUGACGGCUCAUCUGAGCCUGAGAACAGCGGAGACGACCAUGAGCACACCAGCCAGAAUCACAGCUCCGGUCAGCUGCAGAGGGGGAGAAGAGAGGUGCCAGGAGAGAUCAUGAAUCCUACUGUAAAAUCACAUGUAUAUAGUGUGCUUCACCAACAUGAGGAGUGUCUGAAUUUAACGCAGCUGUUGCACCAGUAUGGACUGAGCUCAGAGUCUCUCAUCUCUCCAGUGCAGUUUACAUAUUUAUGUCCAGCACUGCUCUACCAGAUAGACAGACGCUACUGCAUCCUUCAUUACCAUCAUGUCGAGGCUAAUGCCCAAGAUACAGCAUCUUCAGGGUGGAUCUGGAUGUGGGGUUUUGUGUCUAUCACCAUCAUCAGUCUGCUGUCUCUACUGGGAGUGAUUCUGGUGCCCAUCCUUAACCAGUCCUGCUUCAAGUUUCUCUUGACCUUCCUGGUGGCUCUGGCUGUGGGCACCCUCAGCGGUGAUGCUUUAUUGCAUCUACUGCCUCAUUCUCAGGGGGGCCAUGAUCACAGUCAUGGAGGGCUCAUGGAGGAAGAACAUGAAGAGGAUCUUCUGACAAAGUUUGAUGGUGUUUGGAAAGGACUGACUGCACUAGCUGGAAUCUACCUCCUCUUCAUCAUCGAGCAUUGCAUUGGCAUGUUCAAACACUACAGUGACCAAAGGGGAGGACUCUGCCAGAAGAAGAAAAAAGGAGAACAGGCAAAGAUCGGGAGUAAAUUGUCAGACCACAAACUCAACAGGCGUUCAGAUGCUGAGUGGCUCCAUCUGAAACCUUUAACAGAGGGAGAAGGUAUGGCAUAUGAAGCUGGGCACAAUGACACUCAGAUAACAGAGCUGCAGCCUUUGGAUUCGUCCAGCAAUAUGCCGCUGGCCAUCUCUGAUUCCGAACACCCCUACAAGGGGGCAGUAAAAACAGCAGAGGACAGUGGGCCAAAGGCCAAGACAAAAAAGCAUGGACACGGACAUGGGCAUGGACACUCCCAUCAUGGGCACUGCCACUCUGACCAGGAGAUGAAAGAUGCAGGAAUCGCCAGCAUAGCAUGGAUGGUCAUCAUGGGAGAUGGCAUGCAUAAUUUUAGUGAUGGACUCGCCAUAGGUGCUGCUUUUAGUGCUAAUAUUACAGGAGGCAUCAGCACUUCAGUAGCUGUGUUCUGUCAUGAACUACCCCAUGAACUGGGAGACUUUGCUGUUUUAUUGAAGGCUGGAAUGUCAGUGAAGCAAGCUAUUGUGUACAACGUUCUCUCUGCUCUGAUGGCCUAUGCAGGCAUGGUGAUUGGUACAGCCGUGGGACAGUACACGUACAACGUCACCGGAUGGAUUUUCGCUGUUACCGCUGGCAUGUUUCUUUAUGUGGCAUUAGUGGACAUGUUGCCAGAGAUGCUUCAUGGUGACAGUGAAGAGCACAAGCGCUGUGAGAUGGGCCACUUCAUCCUGCAGAACUUUGGCUUGCUCACUGGGUUUGGCAUCAUGCUGCUUAUCGCCAUUUUUGAGGAUCACAUUGUGAUUGACUUUGGCUUCUAGCCGGAGACUGGGAUUGGGGGGAGGGGCAUCAUUCAUUACUACAAUCACACAUGUGCUUUGCCUUAAAGUGGCUUUGUUUUGUGAUGGAACAGUCAUGCAAGCAUGUCUCAAUAGACCGCAUCGGUGGCUUUCACUGGAAAUGGACACGUAGAGAAACUUAUAGCCAUAGAUGGAUCUCAGAAUGCUGGAGCUUUUUCUCUUAAUUAUUUUUUAUUUGAGUAUGUGUAGUCAAACUGACAAAUCCACCGUGCAUUUCUGAGAAGCACUCCUCAGUAUCUGGGUUGUCGCUUUUAAAGUGAUAUUUUACCCAAAAAUUUAAAUUCUCUUAUCGUUUACUUACCCUCAUGCCAUCCAUGAUAUGUAUGACUUUCUUUCCUUUGCAGAACACAAAUGAAGAUUUUCACAAACGAAGAAUAUCUCAGCUCUGUAGCUCCAUACAAUGCAAGUAAAUGGUGGCCAGAACUCUGAAGGUCCAAAUAUCAGCAGAAAAAAGUUAUAUUUUGGUCUGUUCUCACCCAAAACCGAUUGGAUCGCUUCAGAAGACAUUGAUUAAACCACUGGAGUCGUAUGGAUUACUGUUAUGAUGCCUUUGUGAUAUCUGGACCUGCAGAAUUCUGGCCACCAUUCACUUGCAUUGUGAGGACCAACAGAGCUGAGAUAUUCUUCUAAAAAUCUUCAGUUGUGUUCUGCAGAAGACAAAGUCACACACAUCUGGGAUGGCAUGAGGGUAAAUAAGAUUGUUUAAAUUUUUGGGUUAACUAUCCCUUUAAUAUUGAAGUAUUGUUUUAAGACGGUGUCCUAGAGAAAACCAUCCAUAGCAGCUGCCCAGUUCAACAGUCACCCAUUCAUUUGAUUGUUGAGCAUUGUGUCAUGUUUAGCUCUUUCAUUCAUUUGUAUUGUGUCUCUCAAUCCAUUUGUUGUAACUGACGUCUUGUGCCAUGUAUGUCUUGUGUGUCCACCAUUGCAGUGUCAAACACAAGUCACAGAGCUGUGUGCUAAAAUGGUGCAAUUGAGCCCAACUGGGGUGGGGGGUGGUAGGUAAUUUAUUAAGAGCUACAGGUCAACAUUGUAUAUCAGGACAAUUAAAACAAAAAUUCUGGUAACACUUUACAAUAAGGUUCCAUUCAUUAACAUUAGUAAAUGCAUUAGGGAUGAUGAACAAACAUUUAGAAAUUACAGCAUUUAUUAAUCUGAAUGAAAAUACAAUUGUUCAGUGUUAGUUCAUGUUAGUUCAUAGUGCAUUAACUAAUAUUAAAAAAUUAAACUUUUGAUUUUAAAAACUCAUUAGUGUAUGUUGAAAUUAACAUUUAACUAAGGUAAAUAAAUGCUUAGUAAGUAUUUUUCAUUGCUAGAUUGUUAACAAAUGGAACCUUAUUGUAAAGUGUUACCAAAUUUUCUUUGCUCUUUGCUUCAAGCAUUGACUACUUGUUUUUUUCAUUCACUCUAUAUAUACUGUUGAUAGUGAUGGGAGUAUCCUCAGUCUUAGAAUUUCAUUUGUUUACAUUUUCAUUUUCUGUUAAUAUUAUUGGCUACUAUUUUUUUGACCAAGUGUGAAUAUUUGAAGUAAAUUUAUGCAACAGUGUUAAGAUUAACCUCUGACACAGUGCUGCCAAAAGACAGAACACAUUCAGAAGGUCAACUGAACAAGACCAGUAUUAACUUUAAUGCUAAAACACUGUGAUACUUAAAUGAAGAACAACUAGAUAAGCAUAUCGGUACAUCAAGGACUAAAUCAGUCUACUUUUGAUUGAUAAUCAUGAUAUAGACUGUUUUCUGAAUUUAAAUACAGGUUAAUUAUACUGUAUAUCCAUAUGUUGUUGUAGAUAAUGACUAAACUUUUUAGUUUAUCUCGUACAUCAAGGUUACAGACAGUUAAUGAAAUUAAUAAUCAUUAUGUUCCCCAAAGGAAGUAUGUUUGCUACUAAUAUUUCUUAUUUCUGUUAACCAUGUUGGCAUUUUGAAACACCUUUGUAACUUUUUAAUUAUAUUACAUGUCUGGUAUUGCUGGAUAGUUUGUCCAAGAUACAGAAUUAUAAGAAAGUUAUUUUGUGAGUCAUCCGCAAGUUCAUACCUUUUUGACACCGACCAAAUAAAAAUGUUUGGAAAACCAUUCCUUAGUUCACUAUUAUGCCAUUUUUUCUUUUGACAAUCUAAAUGCUCUCAUUGUUGAUACCCUCUUGUUAUUGAAAUUUCAUCACACUUCAGUUAUAUGCCUUAUUUGAACUUGUAUAUGGUUCUGAUUACAAUCAAAUCUAUAUAGCAACUCUAUUGGUCCCCUUGUUGAUUUUUUUUUUUUUUUUUUUGAGUUCUGAUUGUGCCAGUUAUGGGCUGUGGUUCUGAAUUUGUGCACAAACACUGACUAUGCCCAUAGUCACCUCUACACAUUCCAUUGGCUGUAUUUGCUGCUUGAAUCCUCUACUCUCAAGAGUUUGUGGGGCAUGUUAUGUGAUUCAUGCUUAUCUUGUCACCAUGUGACAUCUAAUUGUUUGUUCUCUUGGGUGUGUAUUAUUAUUAAUUGCAUUUGUCAAAUGUACUUGAUUGGAUGAAAACAUGCAUGAGACAAAUGGAAGAAGCACAUUUUUUUUUUAACUUCGUUUAAUUUCUGUAAUGAAAUAGAGAGAUGAGAACUGUUUUUUUUUUUUUUUUUUUUUUGGCGUGGGGGGGGAGAAUCAAGUGAGCAAUCCUAAUUCCUUGUUUUUUGAGACUGGGUCUAAAUUCUGUUUAUCUGUAAAAUAAAGCUGUCCAUGUAGUUAAAAUGUUAUAUCUGAGAUGUUAAAAAUGGAGUGAAAGAAAUGUUUCUAGAGCUAAACUACAGUUGAAAUUAAACACAUUGGAGGAGUGUUGCAAAGAAAUAAACUAAAAUUAAAAAGGACCAUUCAGAUAUCAAGUCAAAAAUCCUUUUGUCUGCUUAACUUGGAUUUAGUGCAUCAUCAGUACGUGUCGCUGAUUGUCUGUGUUUCCUUUGUUAGAAGAAAAAAUAAAGUUAGCAAACAGUACAUUGUGUAUUUGAGGUUAUUAACAAUCUAUCGUCUAUAUCUUAUUUUUCUACUAAAUGUUUAUUGUAGAGACUGGAAAACUGCUUUUAGCAUUU